AUGAAAAGCUCUGGUGCGUCCAGCUCGAAGGCCGCCACGGAGAGCUCCGACAAGAACACAACUUGCGAGCUCCCCGACGGGAGCGUCGUAACCGUUGGCAGCGAGCGUUUCCGCUGGUGCGAUGUCGACAUCCGCAAUUACCCUUCCGCCAACGUGGUGCUGGCUGGUGGCAUCAUAAUUUUCCCAGGCAUCGGCGAGCGCAUGACCAAGGCAUUGACGGUACUGAUUCAUUCCACCCUGAAGAUCAAUGUCGUGGCCCGCCCCAGCGCAAAUACUCAGUGUAGAUCGGUGGGUCUUUCCUUCCCUCGGAGAGCACCUUCGAGCAGAUGUUGA